AUGCCGCUACCCUUCCGGUCGUUCGCCGGCACGCAAGUCGAGAGGCACUUUCCGGUGUCUCACUCGGUACGGCAUCACCGGAAGCAACCCGACUUUCUGAUCACAAAAUCAGUUGCAGCAGAAGAGGACAGCUCACAAUUGAAAAGACAGGACAACAUCCAGGUUCUCGCUAUUCCCAGCCCGGAAUAG